UCUACCACCCAAGUGACGGUGAUGAAAAAGAUUGAGAAUGUGGGCGAAAAGAUAACUGAGGGUCUUUCGGAUCGCACGGGCUUACCACCUUGGGUUGUUGUCACCAUUAUAAUAGUCGUAUUCCUGGUCGUCUUUGGUAUCAUAUUCUUUUGUGUGCGAAGAUUCCUUAAGAAGCGAAGAACCAAAGAUGGUAAGGGUAAGAAGGGUGUUGAUAUGAAAUCGGUACAAUUAUUGGGAUCGGCAUACAAAGAGAAAGUUCAGCCUGAUAUGGAGGAACUCACCGAAAAUGCCGAAGAAGGCGACGAAGAGGACAAACAGAGCGAGCAAAAACUGGGGCGACUUAACUUUAAGCUUGAGUACGACUUCAAUUCGAAUAGCUUGGCCGUAACUGUUAUACAGGCCGAGGAGCUACCAGCCCUGGAUAUGGGCGGUACUUCGGAUCCCUAUGUGAAGGUUUAUCUGUUGCCCGAUAAGAAAAAGAAAUUCGAAACAAAGGUGCAUCGCAAAACCCUCAGUCCGGUCUUCAAUGAAACAUUCACGUUCAAGAGUUUACCAUAUGCCGAUGCCAUGAAUAAGACGCUUGUAUUUGCCAUCUUUGACUUUGAUCGAUUCUCGAAACACGAUCAAAUUGGUGAGGUUAAGGUGCCGUUAUGUACUAUCGAUUUGGCGCAAACGAUCGAGGAAUGGCGAGAUCUGAUCAGCGUUGAGGGUGAAGGUGGACAGGAAAAGCUUGGUGACAUUUGCUUCUCACUGCGUUAUGUGCCGACCGCCGGAAAACUAACAUGUGUCAUUCUUGAGGCCAAGAACUUGAAGAAAAUGGACGUCGGUGGAUUGUCUGAUCCAUAUGUGAAAAUUGCAAUCAUGCAAAAUGGCAAACGUUUGAAAAAGAAGAAGACAAGUAUCAAAAAAUGCACCCUCAACCCUUACUAUAAUGAGUCGUUCUCAUUUGAAGUACCAUUUGAACAAAUACAAAAAAUCUGUCUUGUUGUUACCGUUGUGGAUUACGAUCGUAUUGGCACCUCUGAGCCCAUUGGACGCUGUAUACUAGGCUGCAUGGGAACUGGAACUGAGCUGCGACAUUGGUCCGACAUGUUGGCAUCGCCCCGUCGACCCAUCGCUCAAUGGCAUACCUUAAAGGAUCCAGAGGAAACUGACGAAAUACUGAAGAACAUGAAGUAAAUGCUACACGGCUGAUAAAUCCAGCACACCUAUGUAUCAGAGGUUAUGGAAAACGGAAGAAAACCAAAGAUAACUCAAGCGAACCGUCAUUGUAAUCGUAUGCAUCAUCAGCUACUGAUCCAUUGGAUCUAUAAUGGAUCUUCAAGAACCUCAACAGACCCCACAACAAACAACAAUCAAUAUAAAUAUCGUAGCCCGCGCAGUUUAUCAACAACAAAAUUCAAAUCAGAUUAAAAUACUAUAUAGUACAUGAUUAUCGAAAAGUUAAGGAACAGAUAAUGAAAUUAGAAAAUUAAGUUCUACUUAACAUUGGUUCAUCCAUUUAAAAAAGCAAUUUAUUAUCCAACUUUACGCCUGCAAUGAAUUAAUCGAAA